AUGGGCAAUAACAAUGCUUUUGCUGCCAUAGAUUGCGCGUACUCGGUGGACUCGGUUGCUCGAGGCCCGCCGAUCCCGGCCGCACCCAAACUUGGACUCUCCCUCGUCGACCGAAUGCUGAGACUUCCGUCCAUCGUCACCCAGUCAAAACUAGAUGACAUAGGCAUACCUGUCGCCGCGUUAGGAGUCUCUGUACUCUAUGCUUUCUAUCGAAGCCUGCGAUGGGUUACCCGGCCGUGGUUCUCCAACCUCAAAAUCAUCCCAGGCCCACCAAAUUCUUCACCUCUGUUUGGUUUCCUGUUCGGACAUAUUCCCCAAAUGAUCAAUGGAAGACUCUUCUUGUCGAUUUCACAGUGGUAUGAAGAGUUCGGCCCAAUAUUUACUAUCAACACGGUCCUCGGGGAUCAGAGGUGCAUUACUACAGAUAACAAGGCAAUAGGCCACAUCUUGACUAAUACGAACAAGUAUCACAAACCCGAAGCUGCUCGCUACCAGCUUUCGUUUGUUAUAGGAGAUGGUCUUGUGCUCGUAGAAGGAAACGAUCACCGUAUUCAACGUAGAGUAAUGAAUCCCGCCUUUAGCAGCGGACAUUUGAAAGACAUCUUUCCAUCCUUCCAAAGAAAGGCCGCCGAGCUUCGGGACAUUCUUCAACAGCAAAUUACAAUCGGCCAGGAGUUUAUCAGAGUCGACAUCCUCCACUGGCUUUCUCGAGCAACAAUUGAUAUCAUCGGCCUAGCCGGCUUCAACUACGACUUUGAUACCCUUCGAAAAGGCGAGAGUGGGAACGAACUUGCGGCGAGUCUUCACCGUCUCAACUCGCCUAAAAAGUUUCCCAUCGUCAUGGCGCUCAAGAUUUCUCUCCCGCCUUUUCGUAUCAUAUUCUUUGACUAUAUUGCUCGGGAGUCUCGGUGGACACGAACGCUCCUGCGCCGAAUUGGCCUUAGGCUGAUUGGUGACAGGAUGCAGGAGAUGCCGUCCGAGAAGAAUUCUCUAGCAUAUGAGGAGAGCGUAUCUAACGUCAGUGAUAGGGAUCUACUCUCUUUGAUGAUCAAGUCAAACAAGUCGACCACGAUUCCCCCAGAGCAGCGGCUCAGUGUCAAUUGCAUGCUCGACCAGAUACCUACGUUCCUCAUAGCAGGCCAUGAUACCACAGCAACUGGUACUGCAUGGGGACUUCAAGAGCUUGCAUUGCAUCCAGAUAUACAAAUGCGCCUACGCGAAGAGCUUCUAGUAGCAUUCCCAACAGAGGAUACUCCGGUCACCGUCGAUGCCCUCAAUGCUUUACCAUACCUGGAAGCUGUCGUGCGGGAGAUGCUUCGUUUCCACCCGCCUAUCGACGUCUUCUCUCGAGUUGCAGUCGAAGAUGAUGUCCUUCCGUUAGAGCGUCCGUUUAUCGACAAAAGGGGUCAACAGCAUGCUUACCUCUAUAUCAAAAAGGGCGAUCACAUUCUUAUUCCCAUCAAACUGAUCAAUCAAUUGAAAGAGACGUGGGGAGAGGACGCAGAUAAAUUCAAUCCAGACAGGUGGCUCGGGGAUCUUCCACCAGCGGUUAAAGCGACACCUGCCCUAUGGGCGAAUCUCCUCACCUUUGGUGCUGGUCCUCGGUCUUGCAUAGGAUUCCGGUUCGCCGUCUUGGAGAUGAAGAUUCUCCUUCUCUAUCUCCUUCGCUCGUUUGAGAUUAACGUCGCGGUUCAGCCAGACGAACUUAUGGGACGAGAAAUGGUUGUCACUCGUCCUGUAUUGAAAGCAAGAAAGGGGGAUGGGCCUCAAUUGCCCAUUCUUCUUCGCCCGCUUUCGGACAAGUCAUAA